AUGGCCGGCAUAUUCGAGACACCGCGCAAUGCUGGCACUCUCUUCUUGGGCGGUCAGAAGAUCAGCGGCGCAGAUGUACGGGAUCAAAAUGUCCUCGCAACCCAGGCAAUCGCGAAUAUCAUGAAGACAUCCUUCGGGCCCUCGGGACUAGACAAGAUGAUGGUCGACGACAUAGGAGAUGUCACCGUCACCAAUGAUGGCGCCACAAUCCUCAGUCUCCUCGACGUUGAGCAUCCAGCUGGCCGGAUACUGGUCGACCUUGCUCAGCAGCAGGACAAGGAAGUCGGCGAUGGCACAACAUCGGUCGUCCUCAUAGCCGCCGAACUGCUGCGAAGAGCGAACGAACUCAUGAAGAACCGCAUACACCCUACAGUCAUCAUCACAGGCUACCGGCGAGCACUCCGCGAGGCCGUCAAGUACCUUCAAGAAAACAUCAGCACGUCCGUCGAAAGUCUGGGCAAGGAGAGCUUGAUCAAUGUUGCAAAGACCUCGAUGUCCAGCAAAGUCAUUGGCUCCGACUCAGACUUCUUUUCCCGCAUGGUCGUCGACGCUAUGCUCGCAGUAAAAUCCGUCAACGCCCAGAAGAACAAUGAAGUGAAAUAUCCUGUCAAGGCUGUCAAUAUCCUCAAAGCACACGGCAAGAGCGCACUCGAGUCGGUACUAGUCCACGGCUAUGCUCUGAACUGCACAGUCGCCUCACAGGCCAUGAAGACGAGAAUACGCGAUGCUAAGAUUGCGUGUCUGGACAUGAAUCUACAGAAGGAGCGAAUGAAACUCGGAGUUGCCGUUACAGUCGAGGAUCCUCAGCAGCUGGAGAAGAUCAGAGAACGCGAAGCUGGGAUUGUUCUUGAGCGCGUCGAAAUGAUAUUGAAGGCUGGCGCAAAUGUUGUACUUACUACUAAAGGUAUUGAUGAUAUGGUGCUGAAGCUGUUCAUCGAGAAGGGUGCAAUGGGAGUCAGAAGAUGUAAGAAGGAGGACCUCCGCCGGAUAGCCAAGGUCACUGGUGCUACCUUGAUCAGCAGUCUGUCAGAUCUGAACGGAGACGAGAAGUUCGAGAAAGAGUCACUGGGUUAUGCCGAGGAGGUGGUUCAAGAGCGCAUUUCAGACGACGAGUGUAUCCUGGUCAAGGGCACGAAGGCAUCCUCAUCAGCAUCCAUCAUCCUGAGAGGGUCAAACGACUAUCAGCUGGACGAGAUGGAGCGUUCCGUGCACGACUCAUUGUCAGCAGUAAAGCGGACAUUGGAGUCAGGCGCAGUGGUGCCAGGCGGUGGUGCUGUGGAGACUGCUCUGCACAUCUACCUCGAAGAAUUCGCCCUCACGACAUCCUCAAGAGAACAAUUGGCCAUCGGCGAGUUCUCACAAUCAUUACUCGUCGUGCCGAAGACCCUGGCAGUAAACGCGGCACUCGACUCAUCAGAACUGCUUGCUCAAUUACGGUUACGACACUCACUCAGCCAGCGUGUUCAGGAAGGAGAUGCCAACCGGCAGGAGAAAGAGCUGGACAAGAAGCGGCAGUACAAGAACUACGGCCUGGAUCUUUCAAAGGGCCGGUUGGCCGAUGUGGUCAAGAUGGGAGUCCUCGAGCCGAGUAUGAGCAAAAUCAAGCAGCUGAAGAGUGCUGUCGAGGCAUGUGUGGCGAUCAUGAGAAUAGAUACCCUGAUCAAGUUAGAUCCUCCCCAGGAGCAGGAUGAUGGACAUGGGCACUGA